AGGAACGCGGGGAACAGAACCAGUCAGCUGUUCACUACACUGUAGUGGUGCGGACUGUGUGUGAUGUUGGAGUAGCUUUGAGGUUAAUUGGGAAUUGAUUUCAUCAUUAAAAUGAUGUCGCUAAUACGACGUUGCGAGAGCAAUGCUAUUCAAAUAAGUUCAAAAAUUAUAAAGCUUUCGUCAUCGUUUUGUACAUCCACAAACGCAGCGGAUGCUGGUGAAGAAUUUCGAGUACUGGAACUAAUACCAAAAAAGUCUACACAGUCGAAAAAGCGAGCGCAUUAUCAAAUAAAUAAACUGCCACCAAAAGAGGAAGUAAUGUCGACCGACCAAAAUUGGCAAGCAAUUUGGCCCACUGCGCGUACGUUUCAUCCAUCGACUGUGCCGCUGCCCGUACGGCAAGGAUAUAAACAUAAUAAAAACCCGCAUCCUAAUAAAUACGGUAACGCAGAACUCAUGAAAAUUCCAAAUUUCUUGCACCUUACUCCGCCUGCGGUUAAAGCGCACUGCAAAGCGAUACAAAAAUUUUGCACAAAGUGGCCUGAGGAACUCGAUACGGACGAAGCUUGUGAACAACAUUUCCCAGUGGAAAUAAUCACAUCCGAUUAUUGUUACUCUUCUCCCACAAUAAGAGAACCUCUUGCGAGAAUAGUGAGUUUGAGGGUGAGGCUAUCUUCUUUAUGCCUAGACGCUCAUGCUAAAGAUAAAAUACUCAGGUUAGUGGGUGAGAAAUAUAAUCCUGAAACAGGCAUAGUAACGAUAACUGCAGACAAAUGCCCAACUAGAAAACAAAAUUUAGAUUAUGUCAACUAUCUUCUCACAGCAUUAUUCCACAUAUCCCACCGAAUUGAACCAUGGGAAAGCGAGAAAUCGGAAGCGGACAUGGAAUACUAUGAUUGGGAUAAAAGCAAAAGUCGAACUAAUUUAGUGACUGUAUACUCUUGGCCAAAUCCAGAAGUCAAUGCUAAUUACGACGAUAUACCGCACGCACAAGAAUACAAAAUCGCAGUUUCAGAACUGAUAAAUAAUGGAGAAGACGAUGUUUCGAUCAAGAAAUACAAAGAAGCUGUCAAGAAUGUGCUAAAUCUCAAUUAUAUAGACAAUGAAAAAUAA